CGGGCACACGUGAUCGCGGGAGCGGCGCAGGAGCCAUGUCCGGGCGCGGGAAGCAGGGCGGGAAGGCGCGCGCCAAGGCCAAGUCGCGCUCGUCGCGGGCCGGGCUGCAGUUCCCCGUGGGCCGCGUGCACCGGCUGCUGCGCAAGGGCAACUACGCGGAGCGCGUGGGCGCCGGCGCGCCGGUGUACCUGGCGGCCGUGCUGGAGUACCUGACGGCCGAGAUCCUGGAGCUGGCGGGCAACGCGGCCCGCGACAACAAGAAGACGCGCAUCAUCCCCCGCCACCUGCAGCUCGCCAUCCGCAACGACGAGGAGCUCAACAAGCUGCUGGGCAAGGUGACGAUCGCGCAGGGCGGCGUGCUGCCCAACAUCCAGGCCGUGCUGCUGCCCAAGAAGACCGACAGCCACAAGGCGAAAAGCAAGUGAAACAAAAACCCGAGGAGCGUUCCCAACCUCAAAAAAGUAACCCAAAGGCUCUUUUCAGAGCCACCCACUUCCUCAUAAAAGGAGCUGUACAUCCUAGCGAAAAAAAAACAAAUUAAACACACCUCCCCUCCUUCUCCCCCCCCCAAUCACCUCA